AUGAAGAAGAAGAAGGAGAAGAAGAAGAAGGAGAUGAAGGAGAUGAAGAAGAAGAAGAAGGAGAAGGAGAAGAAGGAGAAGGAGAAGAAGAAGAAGAAGAAGAAGGAGAAGAAGGAGAAGGAGAUGAAGAAGAAGAAGAAGGAGAAGGAGAAGAAGAAGAAGGAGAUGAAGGAGAUGAAGAAGGAGAAGGAGAAGAAGAAGAAGGAGAAGGAGAUGAAGAAGAAGAAAUAG